AUGUUAACUGCAGCAAUUGACUUGAAAAACGGCCUACAGAACUACAUCAAUCGAUUAGCAUAUUUUACAACCGAAGAGACUGAUCAAAGUUUUUUCGGACAUAGGAAUAGAAAUUGUAACAAUCUCAUGAAUUUUACGAUUUUGGGCGCAGCAACAAUCUCCGGAGAUAAAUUGGAUGGAAAUCUGAGCUACAUUUUGUGGAAACAAAAUCCAUUAGUUAAAGAAGAAAUAUUCUGCGACUCGCAUUCAGACAUGCUAAUUUCCAUCGUAUUAGCAGCUGCUAUGGUUUAA